GCGAAAAAAAGCGACAAUACAUUUGGAUUUUAAUAUAGAUUCAACUUGGAUUGCGAGAGGUCCGAGAUCCUCGUCCAAUAAGUGUUUAAAUAGUAAUGGUUGGACAUCUGAUAACAGAUCAAGGAGUCGGGGAAGAUUGACAAAGGUUAGCGAUUAAGUGAGGACGAGGGUUUCGUUAGCGCGCCAGUGAUGGUAAACAUACAGAACAAGAAGCCGAACAAUAACGACUCUUGACUAUCAUUUUCAGAUGCCGUUUUCUCUUCCACCCUUCAACUGUUGAUAGAUUCCAGUCAGGAUGGAGGGAAAUGUAAUUGAUGACCUAUAUGGCGAUUUGAGCCAAGACCAAUAUUGCUCCAUAACCACAUGCAAUGAAGAUUCCAUGGAUAUAUAUUCUGGGUUGGAUACCAGUCCAAGAAGUAAUGGAGAAACACCGUGCGCACUCGUCUCGCCACAGCUAAAAGAAUCUAUGGAUUUAUAUGAAGAAAUCAUUACAGAGGAACAGCGGGGUAUAGAGUCUGCUCAAACUGAGUUGAAAAGAAGAUUCAUUGCGGCACAAAAUCAAGUUGAGGAGUUGCGAAUGAGACUGCUGCAGAUGGAAACACAGAAUACUGCACUUAACACCGAGAACUGCUGCCUCAAGAAGAACAUCUGUGCUCUCAUCAAAACUGCUCGAAUGGAAAUCGUGCGGAAAGAUGAGGAGAUAAAGAGGUUGAGCCAAAGGUCAGGGAGAGCUUAUGUUCAUCAUACACCUCAUAUAAAUGGUAUGAGAGAUCCAGUUUCAACCAGACUCAACUCUUUGGGACACAGUAGGUCUUCAGGACCUUCUAGGCCUCCUCCCAUCAAACCUCCUGGUCCUAGAAAAGACUGUGCUUCAAAGGAUGCUGGUCCUCCCAAACCGUGCCCUCCUCCACCUCCUUCAUCUCUUCCUCCUCCUCCACCACCUCCUUCAUCUCUUUCUCCUCCUCCUCCACCUCCUUCAUCUCUUUCUCCUCCUCCACCACCUCCUUCAUCUCUUCCUCCUCCUCCACCACCUCCUUCAUCUCUUCCUCCACCACCUCCUUCAUCUCUUCCUCCACCACCUCCUUCAUCUCUUCCUCUACCACCUCCUUCAUCUCUUCCUCCUCCACCACCUCCUUCAUCUCUUCCUCCUCCUCCUCCACCACCUCCUUCAUCUCUUCCUCCAUCUCUUCCUCCUCUUCCACCACCUCCUUCAUCUCCAUCUCCACCCCCUCCUCUUCAGCCCCCAUGUAAAAAAAGAGACAAUGUCAAUCACCAAUCUGAUGCCUCAGAUUCAAGACCCCCUCCUGAUGUGGAUUCAAAGUAUUCUACCGCAAGAGACUGUAAAGCUCCAACAAAACAGACAGAUGUUUCCAUCAGUAAAGCCCACAAAGUCUCCGCUCCUGGACACAGCCUGUUAGACAAACACAAGCAGCCCAGUCAUAAGGACGGGAAAUCUGAACAUCACAGAUCAGAUUCAACAGAACGCAGGCAUAAAAACCCAGUGGAACCUUAUAAAGAAUGUCAGGCAGAGGACAGGGGCCGAUCACACAAGACGCAUCGAGAGUCUGGAAGAUAUGAUUCCAAGUCAAGAAAAGACAAACACUGUUCUCCUGAUAUUGAAGUGGACAGGAGAUCAGAGAAGUCUAAAAGCCCGCCACCAGAAUCUGUAAAUGGCGCAGUGUUGUCAGCCCAUAAGUCUAAGAGAUCUUCUAAAAAAAGUUCAGAGCCGCUUUCAAAAAGUGGUAGUAGGGAGCUUCGUCAUGAUAAGGAUGGAGAUGGUAGAAGUUGUAAAGAUUUGAGCACUUCAAGAAGGACUCAGAAAGUGGUCAGUUCAAGUCGUCGUAGCCUGACUGAACGGUCCAGUGAGCCACUAAAUCACAAGAGAGGAGCCAGUCUAUCAAGCGACCAUCGUAGGAAAGAGGAGAGGAAACGAAAAGAUGACAGAAAAUGCAGAGAGAAGAUAAGAAGCCCUUUGACAGAGACGGGGGAAGAGCUUGAGCAAAAACAUCAGAAGGAAAGGGAGAGGCGCAAGAAGGUGCCUGACGGUAAGGAUGAAAAGUCAACAGCCGGGUGCCCAGACGUACCUCCAGGGGAGCUUAAACUGGCUGAGAAAGUCACUGUAGAGGAAAACAGUCCAAACAGAAAACUGAGUUUCAUGGAAACUCUGAAUCUCACCCUGUCACCUGUCAAAAAGCCAAGACGGCCCUCUGGAUCCAAGGAGCAAGGAAGCUCUCUCCCCGAGGAGGAUGUGGAAGAGGCAUCAAUGGAAAGCUGUGGGCAGCUUGACAUAGAGGACUUCUGUGUCAUAGAUGAAGUCCACAGUGACUCCAUGGAAAUCAACAGUAGUCAAUCUGCGGUGGAGAUCAAUGAGCCCUUAAUAGACAAUGCAAAGCAUGUAUCCUCAGAUGGACCUCUGGUUCUUGACCCUGCUGGUAUUGAGAGCCUAAGUACAGGUGAAAAACCAUCAGAAAAGAGUGACAGGACAGAGGCUGCCACAGAGAUUAAAGCAAUACAUGAUCCCAUCAAAGACAGUCUGAAACGUGAUAUUGAAGUUUCCAAGGUCACAGAGGAUCCACACAAUCCAGAACCACUUGAAAAUAGGUGCGUAUCUGCUCAGGACAGUGAGCUUGUUAUGGAAACUAAUCUGCAAAGCGUAGACAUUUGCCAAAUUGUGGAAUCUAAGGAUCUAACUACUGCAGUUUGUCUUACUGACAGUCAGGAAGACACUCAAGUGUGUCACUCCACUGACAGAAAGAAUAUCCCAGACAAACCGGAAAAAUCUAUUGGUCUUCUGGAUAGUUGUGCUCUUAAUUUAAAUGGUGAACCUUCCAGUGUCUUAGUAUCUAAAAACCAGCCUUCUGAAACGAUUGCACAAGAUACAGUUGACGCAAGCUGUGAGGAAGAGCCCGCAGUUAAAGAUGGAAAGGCAAAGAUAAAUCAAGAGAGUCAACAAAUGGCAUUCCCCAUCCAACCUGAGGGCUAUUCACUGCCACUGUCUACCUCUUGCAGUUCUUCUGAAAGUCAUGAGAAGCUUUCUCCACUUAAGAAAGAUGUUUCAGUAGAUGCGAAUGUGGUGUCCAGCACAAUAAGCAUGGAGGUUCCUCCACAAAAGGAUCUUGCAUGUGAGGCGUAUGCUGAAGUCACACUGUUGGAUAAUGCAGUAGACGGGCCUGUUCAUGAACAAAGUUCACCACCGGGGAGCAUUGCAGUUUCAAGGGUAAGCAGUACCACAGAAGAAAUCCUGCCAUCGGAGAACCUCAGCACUUGUAGGGUCCAGUCUCCAAAGGUCUCCUGCAAUACUGACUCUGGUUACGCAAAGAAUCGAGAGGGGAAGGUUGAGGCUACUAGUUCAAUACCAUUGCUCUACGAUGAGGAGUCCAUGAUGAAGACAUUGAACAGUCUAAAAAUAAUUCCAGAUCCUGUUAGUCCCCUCACCAGCCCCAUCCGCAUAACCAGGAGAAACCAGCCCCACUCUCAAGCCAACAAGCCAGCUCAUGUGAAAAGUCUCGGGAAAGAUUUCUCCAGUGUCGUAGUGGAUGCUACUUCAACUGAUCUGGGUGUGAACAAAGAGAACAAGAACCCUGGUGGCCCCACGCUCACCAAAAGCCAAACCGAGGAUGAAUUGGAGGAGGGUGAAAUCAUUAGUGAAAGUGAUGAAGAGCAAAGCCCGGUCUCAUCCCAGGAUAAAAGACCUACAAAGACAGAUCAGCCUAGUCCUCAGUCCAGGCUGAAAAGAGUCUCAGCGAAGUCACUUGCUGCAUCACAGGAGAGUCCUAAAACUAUCAGAAAAAACGCAACUGCAUCAAGUGGAAGCCCCUCGUUGAAUAGAAGUCGACACAAAACGAUUUGUCUUCCAACAGCUACAACUUCUGUGUUAACCACUGAGGAAGUUAUGGAUAUGAUCGGGAAGAUUCGCCACCAGGUCAGGAAGAAGUAUAUGAAGCUCCAUAAAACGUUCCAUAUGAGCAGCUUUUAUGGCAUUGUAGACAAUGCCCUUGUCUCCUUUUUAGACUUUGUCGACAGGGUCAACUUCAGUAAGUUCUGUGACCAAGGUGAUGACCUUAAAUCUAGACUGAAGAACAUUAUGUCAAAUGUUUUAAACAAAAUAUCAAAAAACGGGAUUGUCAACCGCAUAUUUGAACAGCAAUCUGAAUGUCUGAAAAAAAAGCUAUGGAACUUUGUGGAUGUACAACUAGACUUUAUGUUCAAGGAAGUCCGGGCUGCUCUGGCAAGUGUUUGCAAAGCUAUAAAGGAAAAGGUACCUUCAAGCGCAGACACGGAUGAAAAGCUGAGUAAAAAUAAGAAAUCAACAAAGCCACUGAAGUCACCUGUAACCAUAACAUCAAGGCCAAAAUCACAGCAGGCAAAGUCACCUGUAACCAUAACAUCAAGACCAAAAUCACAGCAGAAAAAGUCCCCUGUAACCAUAACAUCAAGGCUAAAAUCACAGCAGAAAAAGUCACCUAUGACCAUAAAAUCAAGGCCAAAAAUGAGGCAGCUUAAAUCACCUGUGACUCCAAACUCAAGACCUAGAAUGAGGCAGAAGAUGGAGGAAUCCAACACAAAGAGAACUAUGUCGGUGGGACUUGGAAGUAGAGGUAAAAAUAUCAAAAUGACCUUUGAUAAAGAUGAAGAAGAGAAUUCUCCAAACACAUCAGAUCACCCUUCCAUGAAAAACGCCGUAGAGAUGUUACCUCGGCGAAAUACACAUUCAACAUCUGCAAAGGAGGCUACUUUGGUGCGCCGCAUAUCUCGAAGCAACUCACUCCAUGACAAGUCGGACUUCCAAAUCCUCACAGAACAGCAAGCGUCCAGCUUAACUUUCAACCUGGUUACGGACACACAGAUGGGAGAUAUAUUCAAGUGUCUUUUAGAUGGCUCUGAUCUCCUGGACACCAAUAUCUCUGCUGUGGACUGUCAUGGCUGGCCCGUCGGUACCCCUCGCAAGGAGACUCCUACUGGGGAGCACCUCCUGAGCAUCACCACCCCCACGAAAGUGUGUUCGCCUUCCAAACUUAUUGCCACGUGGUCCGCCAUUUCACCUCGUAAAAAGUCUCCCUCUCCCAACAGCAAACUUCACAUUCCUGUUAAUCCAAUCAUGUUUGAUGAGAGCUGCAUGCUGGAGGUUCCCUCUGGGAUUGGGCCAUCGUCCGGUGCGUUUUCGCAGAGGUCGUAUUCCAUUCUGGCAGAAGACCUGGCUGUGUCCCUCACGAUACCUUCUCCUCUCAAGUCUGACAGUCACCUCAGCUUCUUACGCCCAGUUAACGGGGAGCCCAUGUCUGUGCCGGACAGUGUCAUCAGUGCACACUUCAGUGAAGAUGCCCUCUUGGAAGAGGAGGAUGCUACUGAGCAGGACAUCCACCUUGCCCUCGAUACAGACAACUCCAGCUGUGGAUCCAGCGAUGGUAGGAGUAGAGAGGCAGCUGCUCCUCUUCUGUUUCACUUCAAACCUCAUCUGCCCAUGCAGGCAGUGGUGAUGGAGAAGUCAAACGAUCAUUUCAUCGUAAAGAUCCGACAAGCUGCCACCAGGGCUUGCAUACCUCCAGGCGAUGAGGAGAAUCUGACCAAAAAGCCAACAGGAGAAGAACAGUCUAGCGAAGGCUGUGAUCCUGUCACACCUGCUGUGGGUGGAGAACUGGCUCCAUCUUCAGAGGACAGCUCCUCCAGCCUUCCUCCAAGCACUGAAAAUGUAAAUGGUAAAGCAGUGCUUGAGGUUCAGUCACAAGCAUCUGGGGAAGACUCCGAGGAUGCUCUCAGUAAAACAUGCAGAGUCCCAGAUGUAAACCAGAGGGAUCCAAAGACUGGUACCAAACGAAAGAAGGCUCAACUGGAAACCAAGGCGAAACGGGUCAAAGAGGAGGUUAAUUUGGGAAGAAGUAAGCAGGAGAAGGCUUUCAAACAUUCCAAGGAAAAGAGGAGCAGAACCCCCAGGAAGGAGAGAAGCAAGUCUGCAUCUCCCACAGUACAGUUAUCACCUAACAGCCUGUCUGCCAAGAACAUCAUCAAGAAGAAGGGCGAAGUUGUGGUGAUGUGGACUAAGAAUGAAGAUCGAGCUAUUCUCCUUGAACUGAAAAUGAAAAGGGCCUCAACAGAUGCAUUCUCUGCCUUGUCAGACAAGCUGAACAAAUCACCAGCUCAAAUUGCUGAAAGAUUUGGCCAACUCAUGAAGCUUUUUAAGAAGAAGGAAAAGAUGGCAAGCUGACCUUUCCGAAGAUGUUUAAAAGUAACUUGAGUUUUUGAAGUACUCUGUUCUCCCGUGGGAAAGAAGACUGAAUGCGGCACCUGUCAUUUGGAAGUGUUACAAAUGAAAUGUUUGUGUUUUGAUCUGUAAGGACAUCUGAAACACAUUCAUUUGAAGCAUUAUAAACACAGUUGUAGAUAAUUAAACCUAGGAUUUACAUUCUUGAAUGCAGUGUUUCACAAUAUAGCUGUUCUGGUUUCAUUUAUUGCACUUUUGUAUACAGUGUCUUAUUUUAUUUUGAACAUUACCAUAUCUCUCAACUUGACAUGUAUAAUUAUGCAGGUGGUACAGAAUCUUUUUUUGAGAGUUUUACAGUGAGUAAAUUUAGAUCUUACAUUUAGUUCAUUAAUUUCUUUAGUUUUACAUUAAACAGUAUUUAAUUUUAAACUAAAGUUCACCUUUAGUGCAACAAUGUUUAAUGUGUGAAUGGGUUUCAUGUUCAAUAGUUUUCUGAGUCAAGUUUCUCUAGCCAGCACACCAGAGAGGGCCUUUUAUAAAUGUUAUUUUUAUAUGAGUCAUGACCUGGGAACAUUGAUAUUUUCUGUGUGAGGAAUGCUUAUACAUUGUGUGUCAUUGGUAUGAUACAAAUGGAAUUGGCCAAGGUUUGCUGGUUUGUCUUGGUAUGUAGUGAAUGAGUGACACGUGAUAGUGUUAGACAAUGUUAAUAUUGUACAUUUGUCAAUGAAAAUAAAGUUUAUUUA